AUGAAUACAAAUCUAUUAUACAUUCCAUAUCGUGAAACUGAUACUAUAAAUUUAGGAAAUGAGUUGAGAAAUAUCAUAAAGAAGGAGUAUUUUCAGCCAUCCUCAAAGUUUGAUAAAGACCUUCAAACAAUAACAGACUUAAGAAAUAGCAUAAGCAACUUACAAAAUGAACAAGUCAAGAAUAAUGAUGAAUUGGUUAGUAUUCAAUACUAUCAUCAGCUUAGCAAUGUGAUCAAAAAGUUUCCAGAUGAAUGUGUCGAAUUUUGUUGGUACGGUACUUUGGGAUAUGGAAGAAGUGGCCCCACUAGAUCAAGAUCAUUAAAAAUCGAGCAAUUGAAUAUUUUAUAUCAAUUGGGAUCGUAUUUUUCACAGGCAGCCUUAAAGGAAUCAAGGUAUACCGAUGAAGGAUUGAAAAAGUCCUGUUCAUAUUUACAAUCUGCAGCAGGCUGUUUCGAUAAAAUGAUUUCACAAGUACAAAAAGAGAAUGAAAAAGAGACGGGAAUGAUUCGUAUUCCCAAAGACCUACAACCAGAAACAUUACUAUUUUUGAAAAGCUUAAUGAUAGCACAAGCGCAAGAAACUAUAUGGCAAAAGUCACUUGCGUCAGGAAUGAAAGAUUCAGUUAUAGCUAGACUAUCGAUUCAAACAUCAGAAUAUUACUCGACUGCAGCCAAGUAUGGUAACUCGUCUGAAUUUAUUAAGUUGGAGUGGAUUAAUCAUGUAACAGUCAAGCAAUAUCACUUUAAGGCUGCGGCACAUUAUAGAAUAUCUAUUCUCAAUCACGAAAGCUUCAAAUACGGAGAACAGGUUGCGAACUUACAAGUUGCACUUGGUAGUUGUGAAUCCGCAUUCAAAAAGAAGAAGUAUGUGAAUGAUUUUGUCGUUGAAGAUUUACAAGGGUUAACCGAGACUAUUAAAACCACUUUGAGGGUCGCUGAGAAAGACAAUGAUUUAGUCUACUUGAAGCCUGUACCGAAGGAGAGUGAUUUGCCUCCAAUUUCUGGAGCAACUCUAGUAAAAUCCAUUUUACCGCAAACAAUUGAAUCAUCUAGUGAAAGUAAUAUCUUAUUUAAAGAAUUGUUACCUUAUCUAAUAGUUCAAGUAGGUCAGGCAUAUCGUGAGAGACAGGAUACAUUUAUAAGGGAACUGUUUAUAGACCCAAUUCAAUCCUUAAAUAAAAUGAUGUACAAAUUUAUCACCGAACGGAAUCUACCAGCAUCAAUUGAUACUAUUCAAAAACCAGAAAAUUUGCCAGAAUCAAUUAUACAGCAUUCACAAGAGAUAAUAUCUUAUGGUGGUACGAAACUCAUUGAAGAUUCGUUAAAUGAAAUCGCAAAAUUGACGUUGGAAAGUAGACACAUUUUAGAAGGCUGUCAAGAAAGAUUAAAAAUUGAGGCAGAUGAGGAUGACAUAAUGAGAGAAAGACAAGGAUCCCAACGAUGGGCAAGGUUGAAAUCAAGUGAAGCAUCUGCUGAACUUAUUUCUAAGAUAAACAAAAUGGAAACAUAUUUAGAUCAGGCUAAGGAAGGUGAUCAGUUUAUCAUUUCUCAGUACCGUGAAAUUGAACAAUAUUUGCAAUUGUACUGUGGAGGUUAUAAAGAGUUAAUACAGUUCAUCCCUAAUUCAACUUACGUCAAGUUAAAUACAAAGAUUAAUGAAAUUAUUAUGCAAUUAAGGGACUUAAUAAAUGAAGUUGGUAGGAUAGAGAAUCAAAGAAAACAAUUUUUAACAAGGAUAGAAAUAAAAGCAAGAAAUAAUAAUAUUCUUCCCAGCAUAAUUGAUAGUUUUAAAAAGAAACAAUACAAACUUUACGAGGAGGGUUCAGUAAUAGAUGAAAGAUCAUUCGAAGAUGUUUAUGAAAGGCAUAUUACAAUGUUUAACAGUGACCUUAGAUUUUUAGAAGAUCUGAAACAUGCCCAAAUUGCAUUAGAAGGAAGUAUUGAUGAUUUAAACCAGAAAUUUGAAUCUGAGUAUCAACAAACAAACAAUGAGUCACAAUAUAAGAGACAAGAAGUACUACAAACUUUAGAAAAUGUAUAUACAAAAUAUUUGGAAUUGAUAUCAAAUCUUAACGAGGGAUCGAAAUUUUACAGUGAUUUCAUUACUAAAAGCAAUAGUGUGCUAAAAGAAUGUGAUGAGUAUGUGUAUCACCGCAGAGUAGAAGGAAGGGAACUUGAACUGUUCUUGAAUAACCAAUCAGUACCAGCAAAAUCAUUAGAUUCUGGACAACUGACCCCUACUUUUCCUUCAGAGUCUAUGGGUGGUACAUGGGACCCAAAUCAGGGUAUAAAGUUUGGAUAA